AGUUACUUAUUGGAAAAUGAACCGACCAGAGUUGGAUUAUUAUGCGGUGCUGGAUGUGGCACGCAAUGCCAGCAAGGAACAGAUUACCUUGGCUUAUCGCCGAUUGGCAGUGCGUCUCUGUCCGCAUCGGGACAAGAAGUAUGAGCAGGACUUUGUGCCCCUCGCCCAGGAGGGCAAGCUGACGCACCUGUCGCCGAUGGGGGAGGCUAAGCAGUGGGCGUAUAUCAACAUGGCAUUCGAUGUGCUGGGCAACGAUCUGUACCGUGCCAUCUAUGAUCGCUUUGGCGAGGCGGGUCUCUUUGAGGGCGUGAUGCUGCCCAACGGAUACUUUCCGCCGUAUCAGUAUCAUGGGGAUCACAUGAAGAUCUACGAGGAGAUCUUUGCCAGCUAUUCGCCCUAUGCCAAUAUCAUCGAUGCUGUUACCAAUCCUCCAAGUCUGUAUGCCACCAGAGAACAUGGUAUUGGUGUGCGGCACAAGGAUGCCAAUACAGAGCGGAUUAUUCACUUGUCCCUGGAGGAGAUACGCACGGGAUGUGUGAAGCUGAUGCAUGUGUGGCGUCAGGAAAUUGUCGACAUCAAGGAGUCACGGCUGGAGAAGCGCAAGCACACCCUCAAGCUUAACAUACAGCCGGGCACCACGGCCGGAACGCGUUUCUGUUUCAAGGAGGAGGGCGAUCGUUAUCCCACUACCAUUCCAGGAGAUAUUAUAUUCAUAGUGGCGGACAAACCGCAUCCACAAUUCGAGCGUCGCAAUAUGCAUGAUCUGGUUUAUCGACAUAGCAUUACUCUUUCCCAGGCAUUCACUGGUUUCAUCUUUUUCGUCAGCACUCUGGACAAGCGCCAGUUAAAGAUCGUCAUCACGGAUGUUGUCUGUCCCGGAUAUCAGAAGAUUGUGCCGCUAGAAGGUUUGCCGAAGUGUCGCAAUUUGGAUGCAGUGACUUCCAUUAAGCAUGCUAACAAGAGAGUUGAAGAGUUUGGCGAUCUUAUUAUUGAGUUUAAUUACAUUUUCCCAAAAUAUCUAACCACUGAAAUGAAGACUAUGACCCGACAAUUCUUUAAUGAAUUCCACAAAAAGGAACUCGAAUUGGAGGCGGAGGAACAAAAACACAUGUCCUAAAUGUGUUUAAUUUUAUUUGUUGUGUAAAUAAAAAUUAUUUGUGGUGCUAAAAUAUUUAAUUUUUUCGCUGGUUUUGCUCGCAUUCUGUGUGAACAGCGUACCAGUCUUAAGAUAUCG